AUACGGAUUGUCUGAAUCUUUAGGAAAAGAAUAACAAUUUGAUAAACAACUCAAGGUCAUCAAUGAACGACGGGAACAAACUGGAAUCCAGAGGAGUGUCAACAGUAAGGUUUGAUCACCAAGUGCCACUCAAUUAACUAACACCAAGUGAGAUGAAAACCAUCGGCCUACAACUAAAUAACUUCAACAUCUUCAAGGUUCAACUCUAACUGCCACUUUCUUCUGUUCGUUAUUUUUUCAUAGCCUUUACUUGUUUUUCUUGAUGAAAGUUGAUCUAUUGGACAAUUUUGCUUAUUAAUAUUUAUCUGUUUUGUUUAAUUUCAGCAAAAAUAGUUUUCAACGUGAUCAAAUUAAGUUUGAUUUCUGUUACUAAAUCAACCAGUGUUUAACCAGAAUCACGUGCUAAUUAUUUACAAUCAAGGAUAACUUGGAUAAAGAAACCUGUUGAGUUUACAUUUUGUGUUGUUUUCUAGUCUUCUUCCAUUAUUAUCAUGAUUUCAACUCACAGAUGUUGUUUAUUUAUGAAUAAUAUCUAUAUGUUACCAGCAAAUCCAUGGUAAUAAAAAUACUUUACAUCAGACGAUAAUUAACUCAAAAUUUCUACAUUGGUGACAACUAUACGUCAAAAUGGAAUCAUAUCAGAUCAGAAAUGAUAGAGCCAUGACACAAAGAUCAAGCAGAGGUAAUAUUGGACCUUGGAGGGCCGUCGCCGCUGAAGCUGCAGCUACCGCGGCUGCUUCUGGUCGUACGUCAAGUAAAUCAAUUGGAAUGGCAAAUGGUGGCAAUACUCUUGAUAGUAAUUAUUCUGAUGAAUCUCGGUUAUCCGGUAAAAACAAUUCCACCUUGUCAUCAAAAAUUGCAAUUAAAUCUAUACCAUCAUCAACUUCACCUCAAUCAGCCGCUGUAAUUAGCACAAUCUCAAAUCAAAAGCGUUCAAUAACAAACUUAUCAUCAUCCUCAAUGUACCACCAUCAUCAUGAUCAUCAUUAUUCAUACAAUAACACAGGGUAUUCAACAAAUGGUAGCAUAUCAAAGUCAUCCAUGACCGCAGCAGCAGCCGCUGCAUUGGAAAAAUCAACAGGAACUAAUAAUGGUGCCGUGGAUACUUCGGAUGAAGAAGAUGAUGACUACAGUUCACCAGUUAGGCGGACAUCUAAUUACAAGAACAAUCUUAUCAGUGCAAGCAAUGGAAGCAAGAGUAAAGUAAAUGAUGAAGGUCCAUCAUCGUCAUCCAUAUCAGCUACAAAAUUGGACCGAUUUGGAUUUUAUAUCAAUGAUCCUCAAUCCAAAGGUUUAUCGGAUGAUAUGAAUAAUUUAUCUUUAAUAGAAAUCACUCGUAAACGUGAAUCAAAGUGGCUUCAUAUGUUUUCACAUUGGGAUGAAUAUAUUCACAAAAAGUGGAAAAAAUUACGCACUCGUUGUCGAAAAGGAAUCCCAGAUUCAGUUAGAGGUAAAGCAUGGUUUUAUCUGUGUGCUGGACAUAAACAGAAACAAAGAAAUCCAGAAUUGUUUGCCAAAUUGGAUGGACAACCGGGUGAUGAGAAGAUUAAUGAUGAGAUUCGUAAAGAUUUAAAUCGUCAAUUUCCAUCUCAUGAAAUGUUUGCUCAAGAAAAUGGUUCUGGACAAGAAGAUCUAUAUCGAAUUUUAAAAGCCUUCUCUGUGAUCAAACCUGAUAUCGGCUAUUGCCAGGGUCAAGCACCAUUAGCUUCUGUUCUUCUUAUGCAAAUGCCAGCAGAAGAUGCCUUUUGGUGUUUAUUACAAAUCUGUGAUCAUUAUGUUCCUGGUUAUUUUUCACCUGGGUUAGAAGCAAUCCAACUACAUGGUCAAAUGUUGUCUAGUUUUGUUAAAAAAUUUCAUCCUCAAAUUUAUAAAUUGUUCAAGAAACAAUCAAUUGAUCCAGUACUUUAUAUGACGGAAUGGUUCAUGUGUUUCUUUUCACGAACACUUUCUUGGCCUUGUGUUUUACGUGUUUGGGACAUGUUCUUUUGUGAAGGAAUUGUGGUUAUUUUCAAAGUAGCCCUUAUCCUGAUUUCCAGUGUUUUAGGUCGCCAUGAAGAUCGAGUUAAAUGUGUAUCAGCAUAUGAAACGUUGUUUGCCCUCAAAAACAUUCCAAGCAAAUAUUUGACGGAAGAAUUCCUCAUUGAACGGGUUAUUAACAUGGAUUUAAGUGAAAAGGAUCUUCAGAAAGAGCAUAAAGAACAAAGUUUGAAGCGUAAAAAAGAAAAGGAAAGAUCAACACAACAGCGAAGUAAAUCAAAUCUAACAAAAGGACCAUCAGUUAGUUCGGGAACAAGUAUUUUGUCACCAUCAUCAGCAAAUAAAGGUUCAAUUAGUAGAAAAUCUCGUUCAAAGAGUGAUUUUGAUUCACGCUGAUGAUUCCAUUAUAUUCCACACAACCUGAGGACCAAUUAAAGCCUUAUUGUUCUUAAUUUAACCUUAAUUUUCGUUUAUUUUAUCAAAAAUAUCUGAAUGUUAUUCAAUCUCUUGAAAAGUAUACGUAUAUUUGAUAAGAAAAUUGGUAUAAAAGCUAUUCUUCCAAUUGUUUACCAAGGAAUCAAUCGUUUCUUUAUACAAUCGUGAAUGUUUUUUUUGUUAUAAAUCACUUUCUAAAUCAAAUCUUUAAUGAUACUCUCAUUUACAGAACGUUAAUGGAUCAAACAAUAAGUUUUUCAAUUCUGUUGCUUUUUCUCAAAGCAAAGAAUUAGAAGAUAAUUUUUCAUUAAAUAUUCUUACAUAGUCUCAA